UUGGAAAACCUGAAACCCUGUCGUAUUGAAAAAUAGAAAGAAAAAAAAAGAAACAGAUGCAACAAUCGUUUCCCUCUCUUGAUGGCGCUCUUCUAUAAAGCCUGAGUCAUGGCUGUUUGUGUCUCCUCCAAUCUGUGUCAGUGGAACUAGAGCAAUGGGUUGAGGGGUGUUGUGCAUGGAUGCGCAUUUGUGCCUGUGUGCAUGAUGGAGAAGAGGAGAGCGCGGCUGUGUGCCAGUGGGACUGAAUGAGUCAGAGAGAGAGAGAUAGAGAGAAAGAAGUAGUUGAAACGGGAACAGAGAGGGCGGAACACAAGCCGACAGCAUCCCUAAUAGAGCAUGAUUAAGUCGGCAAGAGAAAUCCAGAGCUGUUGGAUUACAGCAGCGUUUGCAGCUCUAUGACAUUUUAGAGGAUUUUAAUAAAAUGUCGACUGCGCAUCCUUUUGCUAAGGCAUGGUGUAUGAUGGAUCUUCACAUCAGCUUUAAAUGGCGGAUUUCUUUUUUCGUCUGCGCUCUCGUUUUCGGUGUUUCAUAUGGAGAAGUCCGUUAUGUUCUUCCAGAGGAGAUGAAGAGGGGUUCGGUAAUCGGAAACGUUGCGUUGGAUCUCGGGCUGCAGGCGUCGGAGCUUCAAGCACGUCGAGCUCGCGUUGUUGCUGAAGGAACCAGCCAGCUCUGUGAACUGGACACCGCCUCCGGAAAUCUUUUGGUCAGCCAACGAAUAGAUCGAGAGGAGUUGUGUGCACAAGCCAGCAUCUGCAUUCUACAGUUUCAGCUUUUACUGGAAGAUCCGCUUCAAGCGUUCAGCUUAGUCUUGGACGUCGCAGACAUAAAUGACAACAGUCCAGUGUUUGCCACAGGGAACGUAAAACUAGACUUAGUCGAAUCCACAGUUCUGGGGAGGCGCUUUCCUUUGGAGAGCGCGCAUGAUCCCGAUUUAGGCACGAACUCGAUCCGUGAAUACAAGCUGAGCCACAACGAUCACUUUUCUCUAGAAAUGAGCACCCAGAUAAAUGGUAAUACUUAUCCGGAAUUAGUCCUUAAAAGGCAGUUGGAUCGGGAAGCCAAAGCCGAACAUGUACUGGAGAUCAAUGGAAUUGACGGUGGGAAACCAGUCAGAUCAGGAACUGCCUUCAUCCAUAUUAAUGUUUUGGACGUCAAUGACAAUGUCCCGGUGUUUAGCCAAAACGUUUACAAAGCAUCUGUGCCAGAGAACUCCGUCAUAGGGACUCUGAUAACAACUUUGAAUGCCACGGACUUAGAUGAGGGCAUCUAUGGAGAAAUAACUUACUCCCUCAGUCACCUGUCCGACAAGAUGGGAGGGCUUAUUGAAGUCAGCCCUUUGACCGGAGAAGUUCGGGUGGCAGGUGUUAUUGACUAUGAGGAAGCGAGCUCGCACGAGCUGGGAGUCCAAGCCAAAGAUGGCGGCGGUCAGGCCUCGCACUGUAAACUUGUAAUUGAUGUAAUUGACUUGAAUGAUAAUGAGCCAGUGAUAGAAAUAAAGUCAGCGUCUGCUAACGUAGCCGAGGACGCAAAAGUAGGAACUAUGGUUGCCCUGAUUAAUAUUUAUGACCUAGACACUGGCAGCAGUGGGCGCGUCACUUGUUCAAUUCCAGACAAUGUUCCAUUUAAAAUAUUUUCUGAGGUCAAAAACUAUUACAUGCUAGUGACCGACGGAGUGCUGGACAGAGAACUCCAGUCAGAGUACAACAUCACAGUCACCGCCACCGAUUCUGGUUCUCCCUCUCUCUCAAGCGUAAAAGUUAUAACUAUAUUGGUAAAUGAUGUCAACGAUAACCCACCGACAUUUACGCACUCCCAAUACAAUGUCAACAUUUUAGAAAACCAGCCGAUGGGCACACUCGUGAUGAAACUUGAAGCGCAGGACAGCGAUGAUGGGACGAAUGCUAAAAUACUUUACCACAUAUCGAGAGAGACAAAUUCGGAAGUUUCGUCUUUUCUCACCAUUAACCCAGACACGGGGGAGCUCUUCACAUCACGUUUAUUUGAUUAUGAACAGUCUGCCCACUUCCAAAUGAAGGUGGCAGCUCGAGAUGGAGGUGACCCUGCGUUUUCCACCACAUGCACUGUAAACGUUUAUAUUCAAGACCAAAAUGACAACGCACCUGUUAUCCUGUACCCCGUCCAAACCUCGGGGUUCAUCGCUGAAGAUGUGGUUCCAAUUGAAGCGCCUAAAGGCUACCUGAUUACUAAGGUGGUGGCUGUUGACCCGGAUAGCGGCCACAACGCGUGGCUCUCUUACAGAAUAAUCAAAGCAACGCGGUCCAAUUUGUUUAUGGCAGAUCUGCACACAGGUGAAAUCAGAACUCUUCGGACCUUUACGGACGAAGACGAAACCAAACACGCCAUUGUGGUUUUGGUAACUGAUAACGGGCGCGAAUCACUUUCCGCCACCGCGACAGUCAGCAUAAGGCUCAGCGACGGGCUUCCUGUCUUAAGCGAACUUUAUGAGUUUGUUGAAGAGACAAAGGGCAAUGAUAACGAUAACUUAACGCUGUAUUUAAUAAUCGCUUUAUCGACCGUUUCAUUUCUUUUAAUCUUGUUGAUCAGUGGCGUGUUUUAUUUUAAUCUCUGUCGGCGCAGCUAUGUAUAUCGUUCAAAUACAAGCAGUCUCCCCGUUUUCCCCUCGACAUACUGCACCUCUACACUUACUGAUUUUAGCCGAUGUGGAACCUUGCUGAGAGACGACAGAUACGACCCUUUUAUGACCACGGGCUCGUGGAGAGGCGAUUUUCGUUUCGGAUCAAAUACAGACACUGACACGCUUAAGAAAAGAAGCGCAGCAUAUCAAAAGAACACUCUGAGGCGCCUGAGCACAGAGAGGCCCAGUUUGAAGGUCAGAGCAGGGCCAACGCAUCCUUGUUAUGUUAUAAAAUGAAAAUCAGUAGAUCAUUAAGCCGUUUGGGGUAAAUGUACCCGCAACUUCUGACAAAUGUAUUCGUUUUUGUUGUUUUUUUUUUUUUUUUUACCAGAUGCGGAUUUAAUCUUUAUGGGGCCCAAUUCAAAAUACAACCACGCGGCUCCCCACUUUGCUUUUAUUUUAUUUUUUAACACUUCCAAUUAAGCUUUACUUGUUUGCUCAUUGUCCUAAAUUAUUGUAGUUAAUACAAUGUGUAAUUUGCAAUCUGAGAUUUUUUUUUUUUAAUGCUUCUUUGGUCCAAAAACAGUUUAUCUAUUUAAAAGGUGCAGAUGUUUUUGGGAAGUGUUGCCACUCAAUAAUAUGAGUAGUUUACAUUCUUAAUGAUUUUUGAUUAAAGGUCCACAUUAGCAACCAAUGAUGUAAUAACAUCUGAUCAUGUCAUAACUUGCCAAAAAAAGGAAAACAAUCGGAACAUAAGCCAAUAAAAACAAGAGCUUGCCAAUAAUGUGAAAAGCUUUGUUACUGUUACUGAUUGGUUAUCAGAAUAGUAAAUAUCAAUAUAGGGCUGCAUAUAUAUUUUUUGGAUAUCUAUUUUAAUUUCAAUAUGGUUGGCAAUCAGUAUUUUGUUUUCCACAACAUGUGUUGCCACCAGCAACAAGUAGCUCAUAGUCACUUUCAGCAAUGGUAACUGAAGUCUCAUAACUUAUGUUAGUGUUGGAGUUGUCUGUCACUAUAAUGAAAAAAAAAGUUUUAUUUUUAUUUUUUACAGUUUAUGCAUCCCCAUCCAAGAUUAAGUAACAGUACAAUGUUUUUAUGGGUUGUGAUGUGAAUCUGUUUACCUGUAUAGUAUUCUUCAGGCAAUUUUGGAGCAUGCCAUUCAUAAAAUUUAUUUAAAUGAAUAAGCAGCCAAACAAAUAAAUAAGUGAAUAAACAAUGUGAGCCUGUCGAUACUGCAUCACAGAUUGCAUUGGGAUAUAUUGUCCUCUGAAUUUCACUUGUGACUACUUAACAUAUGUGUAAAACACUUUUUUGUUUGUUUUGUACUUUUUUUCUUUGAUAAAUUUGCAUGAACAUGUUCGCCGAUUUUUUACAUGAUUUUAAAACAACGUGGGUUUAAUCACUGAAAGUAAUUUAAAGCUUGAUAGUCCUUUCCUUUGAUAUAUUCCAAAUAAUAGAUAUUUUUUAUUUGCUGCUUUCAGCAGGCAGUUAAAUGUUUAAUUGUUGUACAUCAAGUUUUCUUUGUCAAACUAUAUAAAAAAUAAAUAAAUAAUUUAGAUUAUUUAUAUAAGUUAUUUUCAGAGCAUCAACUUCUAUAAAUUUCAAUUAUACUCAGGGGCAAUGUUGAUUAAUUUUGCAGCCUUUCUUUUUUUUGUUUAAUUUUGCUUUAUACAGAGGGCAUGAUUUAUGUUUAAGUAUGAUGUAGUUGACUUAAUGUCCAAUAGUAACUAUUCUGCUGUGCUUUUAAAACAUUUACUGUGUAGGAGCUGUUCCACGUAUUUACAUUUGUGACUUGGUAGACACUAUAGGUUGAAUAAUGUCAAUCGAUAUUUUGAUUGAAAGAGUAUAAUGUGACUUCUUGUGUGACACAAAAUACUUUGCAUAAUUUCAUAAAUUAGUUUCAUGGAUGGAACAAAAUGCAUAAAGUGUAUACACAUGCAAAGAAAAAUAAACUUAUAUAGAGUAUUGUA